UUGGUGAAGACCUGUGGCUCCUUUGCGCUGUGACUCACAAGGAUGAUGUCACAAUGGGUUUGGAGGGUGACUCUUCCUUUUAAGCUAAGAUAAAGCAGCUCUCCCUCACAUUCCCUACCCUUCUACUCCAGAGUGGAUAGGAUGGCGUGGCAUGGGCCAGUCCCAUGGCCUGUUGUCCCCUGGGCAAGUGAUUUCGGAGGUUCAUCUCAAGGACAGACAUGAGCAGAAAUGAUCUCAAAUACAAAUCUCUACAGAAAUAUCAGAAAUUUAUAUAAUCAAGGAAGAAAGCACAAUGGCUCAAUAAGGCUCUCAGUGAAUGCCCCUGAUAUGCCAGAGGGAAGAUGGGUGAAUUCCAUCUUCGAUACUGUGCCCAAGAUCCCACCAAUGGAGGAUAUUUGGGACAAAGAAAAGGAAGAGGAGGAGGAGGAGGAGGAGGAAGAGGAAGAAGAGGAGGAGGAGGAGGAGGAGGAAGAGGAGGAAGAGGAAGAGGAGCAGAAGGAGGAGAUUGUAGACAAAGAACGAGAGAAAGAAGAAAAUAGGGUCAAGACCCUUCUUGGAGUACCCAGGCAGGACUCAGUGUGGGGCCUGAUGGCUUGGCCCAGGCCCUCCCCAGAGCAAGGCCGGUGGUGGGAAGAAUUUUCCCUGCCCCCACUCCGUGGAUCCUGCCUCUGUCAGUGCAGACUGAGGACAAAGACGAAGCUCCACCCCCUGCCCUCCCUGGCCUCCUGCUCCACCUCCAAAAUGUUGCCCUCAUUGGAAACCAAGGAAGAGCCUUGCUGGCUAAGAAGUCAGUCUCUGAUGGAGCCUCCACCAGCUUCCAGACUGAAGCUGUGCCCAAGACACAUCCCCAAGACAGUGCCCAGGCUUCCUCCCAGGGUCUCCCCCAAGAGAUCUACUGUCAUCAAACCCGGGCGACAGCAGACCUCAAUGUCAUUGUGGCCUCCAAUUAUUAUCAACCCCCCCUUCAAGAGUUCUGCUCUUAAGGGACAACACACAUCCUCUGCCAAGGAGGCCUCCCAUACCCCAGGUGCCUGGGGCAAUCCCUUGCCUCACCUUCCUUCAAAAUAAAUAUUUUUG